AACUUCGUCGGCAAGCGACGACGGCACGAGCCCUUUCCCAAGAACGAAGAGAUCGGCGCUGGCCGGCAUUCCCGGUUCCCUUCUGCAGUGCCGAGAGCGAGGAAAGAGAGAGAAGAGAGGGAGCUUGACGGCCGGAGUCUCGGGUGAGGCUGAGAGGCGAUGAGCGGCGCCCAGCUGUGCGCCGUCCUUGGGGAGUUGGGGUUCGACGGCCACGAUGCGCUGGACCCGGACAGCUUCGAGUGGCCCUUCCAGUACGAGGAGGUCCGCCCUCUCCUCGAUUGGAUCUGCUCCAGCCUCCGCCCUUCCAAUGUCCUCUCCCCCUCCGAGCUCGCCCAGUAUGAACAAUUUCUACAGGAUGGAAAGUUGCUGGAGGGAGAGGACUUGGAUUCUGCUUUUGAUAGCAUUUCAGCCUUUUCAAGUAGGAGAGACAAUCAGGAAGCAGUAUUUGGUGCUGAGGAGAGACUAAUAGAUAUCCGGGAGGCAAAACUAGCUUACAAGGCAGAAGUUUUAGAAUUGCAAAAGCAGCUUGCACGCCAGCAGUCGCAGUUUGAUUUGCUAGCAGGCCAAGCUUCUGCUCUGAUCCAGGGAAGAAGGGCUCGAGUAGCUGCAACAUCUGCAGUUAAUGGACAACUUAUGGUGUUGGAUGAGAAGCUUUCUGCUAGAAAUUUGGAGAUGAAUGCAGUUCUUGGAAAAAUUGCCUCCACUGCUCAGGAGCUGGCUCACUAUCAUAGAGGGGAUGAGGAUGGGAUCUACUUAGCUUAUUCUGAUUUCCAUACUUACUUAAUUGGAGAUUUAGCUUGCACAAAAGAGCUGAACCAGUGGUUUUCAAAGCAGUUUGACAAGGGACCACUCCGACUUGUUGCUGAAGAGGGUAAAUCUAAGUGUUCAUGGGUGAGCCUUGAUGAUAUUACUAAUUGCUUGAUACGAGGAGAUUCUGAAAAAUCUCAUCAUCAUCGUGUAGCUGAGCUGCAACGGCUUCGCUCCAUAUUCGCGACAAGUGAAAGACAGUGGGUGGAAGCCCAAGUUGAGAAUGCUAAGCAGCAAGCUAUCCUGUCUAUGCUCAAGUCUCAAAUAUCAUCUGACGAAGCACACAUUCAUCGAGAUAUUCAUUCUCUUAGGAGAAAACUUAAUGAACUGGCAGCAGAACUAUCUAAUCUUUCCCGAAAAGAGCAGAAGUUCUUAUCUGAGACUAUUCCAAGCCUCUGCUCAGAGCUUGCUCAACUCCAAGACACAUAUAUUUUGCAGGGGGAUUACGAUUUAAAGGUUAUGCGUCAGGAGUAUUACAUUAAUCGGCUGAAAACGUUCAUUAAUCAUCUAGUUCAUCAGCUAGCUAGACAUCAGUUUUUGAAUAUAGCUUGCCAACUGGAACGUAAAACCAUACUUGGUGCACACUCCUUGCUUAAGGUGAUUGAAUCUGAGCUGCAGGGCUAUCUUUCAGCAGCCAAUGCUCGUGUGGGUCAUUGUCUAUCACUCAUUCAAGCUGCAUCUGAGGUACAAGAACAAGGGGCAGUUGACGACCGCGAUACUUUUCUGCAUGGUGUCCGAGAUCUUCUGAGCAUUCAUUCUAAUGCUCAAGCUGCAUUACCAACAUAUGUGUCAGCACAUGGAAUAGUUCAGCAGAUAUCAGUGUUGCAGUCUGACUUGCUAUCUCUUCAAUUGGAGCUUGAAAAUUCUCUUCCAGAAGACCGAAGAAGAUGUAUCAAUGAACUGUGCGCACUUAUUCAAACUCUAGAGCAGCUUUUAUAUGCAUCAUCAGCAACAGCAGAACCAUUAUUGACACCUUGGCCUCUAAUACGAGCACUGGAUGAUAUGGAAAAGGUCAACUCACAAGUCUCUGCUUUUGUUGAAGAAGUAACAGAGGCUCAUCGUCAGAAGGCUGAGAUUGUGAAACAUCACCCGCAUGAGGUGGGGCGGGAGAGGCAGGUAUUUGUUGAUUUUUUCUGCAACCCUGACCGGCUAAGGAAUCAAGUCAGAGAACUCACUGCUCGCGUCAAAGCUCUCCAAGAUUAAGCGUUUGUAUAUGGCAUCCAAACAGCUUUUCCAUGUUACAGAUCUAUGCUUUGCACAUCAUGGGAGUAAACCUAAGACAUUAUCUAUUACUAAUUGAUGUUGUUACCAGGUUUAUCCAUUCCUUUUCAACUGUUAA